ACCGCUUCUUCCUGCUACAGCCGUUGCCGCUUCGAGCCCACACAAAAACCUACCACCACCACCACCACCACCACCACCACCACUAUCACGACGAUCAGAAGCCACCCCUUUGCCUUUACCGCUCCACGUCUAUCCAUCUCGCUCCCUAGCUCGCUUCUCUUAACCCACCGUCAUUACUGUUUGUCGUAGUCAUUGCCGUUUCCUCGUGCUCGUCGUACACAACGACCGCACUGUAUUUAUAUCCACCACGGACUACUCGCUUGUGUUGUUAAAAACGCGUUUGUAUUGGUGCGCGAGCAGCCAGCCAGCCAUCGGCAAUCCCCGCGUGCUAGUUCACUCCCUCCAACCUCGAACGCUCUCGUUUACCGGCACUCCAUCCGUGUGACCUGCGGUUUCUCCGGCAUAUCUUUCGCUCUCUCUCUCUCUCUCUCCCUCUUGUUCUCUCCUGCUUGCUCUCACACCGCUGAUCUCUCUCGAUCUUCCUUCUUCGUGCGUCUUCUCAACCCCCUUAGUUUCACUAGUAUAACGGCGGUGAUCCGCAGACCAUCACGAGGACCACGCGCUUAAUACUGAAAUAUCGUUCGGCCUGGUAAACGUCAUCGGCGUCGUUUGGUACACAAUUUUGUGGCAUCCUCGCUAAAACUCGACCUUCUUUUUCUCUCGUUUCGCUGUCUCCCUCAGUUUUCCUCGUUCCCUCUAAUUUUCUUUUCUUGCAUAUUUCUUCGUCACUCUCUUGCAUACUCCCAAAUUUCGUAGCCGACAAAUGCGAACCACGCGUCAUUGAACGCCGAUCUACUCUAGCCACAUUUACCGUCCGUUCGUACAAUUGACGCGCAGUUCCUCAGUGCCACUACCGCGAGUUCACACCGACGAACAGUGAUUAUUCGUGCAAAGUGACUUCCCCGAGUUUCUCUGUCACACGUAAUACGAAAAAUAACGAAAAAGCUUGAAGGCGAGAGAAACCAAGCGGCGUGCAACUUUUCAUGUGACGCGUGAAUCGUGAUCGUUCGUCGGGUCUCACUGACGUUCCGGUAAACAAAUAUAUGUCCUAGUGAAACCCAGAGAAUAUUCAUUAUCGCAGAAAAUAUAAAUUUCAAUCAACCACGAUAAAUAUAUUUAAAAAACCGUCGAACUAAAACGUGAAUGUGCCUUUCGCGGAGUGUCAUGAUAUUCGAAGCAAACGAAAAAUUUGGAAAGAUUAAUUAGUUCGAAUAAAAGAAGCCGACAUGCUCGUGAUAAUUAUAAAAUGAGCAUGAAAAAAAAAAUCACAAUCAUUGCAAAGAAGAAAAGCGUGCUGGAAAAGAGUACAAAAAGAAAAUCGGUCGCAGUGCGGGUGGAAAGUGGCUCGAGAUUAAUUGCAGUGAAUGGACCAAUCGAGCCAACGAAGGUGGAGUAAGGAGAGGCUUGAAAAGGAGAUACAGAUCUGUUCGUAUUCACAUUUACGAGAAAUGUAUGCGUGCGUGUGUGUGACACCACCAAGUGAACGUAAUUGUCGGGCGUUUGGUAGACUCGCGCAGAACACACCGAUUGGAGUCACAACGCUGUGUUAAUCUUGUGCUCGAGUAGAGAGGGAUGAAGAGGGUUACGGAAGCUUGAAGGGAGGGAAAGAAGUGAGUCGCACACACACGCGCACACGUACGAAUACCCGUGCACCCAAAGGCUGCACGUCAAAGAAGAGGGGAAACAAGUGAGAGAGGUCCAGAGGCAAAAGGGGUAGGGAUUUGGCUUUCUCAUUCCCACACCCUCUCAAAAACCCUCAAACCCCUCUUUGUUCCCUUCUGCAUACACCAGGUACACGUCACAACGAUAUAGGCACUGUUAUACUGAGGUGGAAAGCAAAGAGGGGGUGUAAAGUCAUCAUCGUCGUCGUCGUCGUCGUCGUCGUCGUCUCGGUAUUAUUUCUCCCCUUCUCUUUCUUGCUUUCCCUCGCUCUUGGUCUCUCACUCUCUCUCACUUAUAUUGCUCGUGCGAGGGGUGGCUUGUGAGGGGGUGACCGCCUCAAGUGUCUUGUCUCCUAUCAUCCUCUUGUUCCAAGUAUCGCUUACGAAUGAACCGCGAUCGAGCGAUCGUCGACGCUCGUCGCCAAUCGACCAGCAACAACAGCAACAACGUCAUCGCGACGGCAAAGAGAAGACUCUAUCAAACACGUACGACGAGGACGGCUCGGCCGAGAGGAGGAACGCGUUGAAGAUGCACCAUCGACGGACGUUUUUUCACGUUGUGCCUCUUCGAACUUUGCCACCUCAAGCAUCGCGAAUUAUAAAUAAAUUCAUGAAUUAUUGAAAAAAAAAAAAAAUAUAUAUAUAUACAAAAGUAUAAGAGGAAGAAAGCUUUUUUAAUGGUCCAUCGAAAAGGGUGAACGAGCACAUGGAAAAUGCCAACUUCCGUGCCCAGUUUUUUCGUGAUUACGCUAUCGGAAAUUCUUCCUAACGUAAGAUAAAUUGAAAAUUGUUUCAAAAGAACGUGAAAAUUUGUGACAACAAUCGACUGCGUUGAACGAAAUGAACGAAAAAAAAUCAUCGCGACGGCGAGAAUAUUAACAUGACGAGUAACGUGGAUGUUUCUCGAGUCACGGAAACGGUAGCGAGUGUGUGUAAUUUAGUCAAUUCUUCUGUAUCGUCAAUGUUCCAGGCUUUAUUAUUAUUAAUAUGAUUGAAUUGUGAUUAAGAUUAUUCUGGUAAUAAUACAAAGUGAGUGAUAAGAAAGCGCGGUUAAAAGGCUAGUGAAGACUCGCUUCGAAGAAAUUUACGGAGUUCUCGUCACACGCGCGAGCCCCCUCAGGUGCUGAUUCAACGGUUUUUUUAAGUGACUUAUCGGUGGUGUGUAGAUGAAAACUGGCCGAAGGAAAAGACCUCGGUCGAGCUGAUUGGUGCAAAGAAAAACGUGGAGCUACGCAGUGUCGUGGUCUCCGAAAAACAGGCCGAGAAGGCUAAAGAAGUGGCCGAAGAGGACAUGUCGGCCGAGACCGAGAUCGAGGUUUCUGUGGUCUCGGAGGAAGACCUCGAUCUCGAGGCGUCCAGAAGCACUUCUACACCGACCGACAUGUUGCUACAAGAGAAAAGCACCCGCGGUGCUUGCGGUCUUGGAAAUUCCUUCAGUUUUGACGUCGGCAAAGCCGCCAUGAGGCCAGCUUGUAACGCCCAAUACACCUCUUUUAGCAUAGAAAGUAUACUCGGCCAUCCGGAAUCGCCCACAGCUGACGCCACGUCCGCAAUCUCGAUCGAGAGACAAUCCUCCGACCAUGAACGUUCGUCGCCACCUUUGAUCGCCGCACCGAGCUCUCACAGAAUUAUUUUGUCCUGUGACUCAUCGCCGUCGGACACUCUACUUUCACCAUCUUCUCACAGACCUAACGCUAACAAUGGAACGAGAAAUUCGACUACGAACAAUCACCAUUCGCACGACAACUCGAGAACGACGAAUGCGUCGGCCGGUAUCGCCACCAGCGCGACCAGUCCGGCCAGCUACACUUCUGGUGAUCCUGCUAAUCCGUUAAUGGGUCAUCAGGCCUCUACGGAUUUGGCUAUGCUCUCAAGGUUGGGUCUCAUUCCCUCGUUCAUAACGAGCCAAUAUCCAGUCGGUCUGAACGUCGGCGGGGUAUUCUUGCCAGCGUCGCUUCAGCAUCAGCUUCAUCAGUUACAGCAUCAGCAUCACUCGAGAUUGGCAGCUGCGGCUGCGAGUUCGGCACUUAGCAACGCGAGCCAAUCAGAGAUCGCGGAAGUCGAAGCCGCAGCGAUAAGGGGUGUAUUGCCGGGAAACGGGGGUUGGCCGUUCCUUUGGAGGCCUUCGCAUGGCCUUCAAGGACUUGAUCAUCCACCGGCAUCGAGUGAUUUGAUAAACUCUCUGAACCGGGUCAGUCCAGCCUCAGCGUCGAUUCCUCCUCGAGAGGACAUUGACGACGAUAAUCGUUCCGACGCCCGUUUGCAUCACCGUGGUGGAAGGAGUCCGAGCGGCGACGGUCACGAUGACCUCGGGGAUGUUGACGACGGGGGAGAGGGGAGCGACGUGGAGGAUUCGGGUGGCGGUGGCGGUAGCGGAGGCGGUGGCCACCACAAUUCUUCGUCGGGGAAUGGAUCAGGCGGUCAGGGGAUCCAAGUUGGUGGGGACGCUUGCGAUUCCGGGAAGAUAAAGAGGAAGAAGAAAACGCGUACGGUGUUUUCGCGGUCGCAAGUUUUUCAGUUAGAAAGUACGUUCGAUCGUAAGCGUUAUUUAUCGUCGUCGGAGCGCGCAGGGCUCGCGGCGUCCCUCGGCCUCACAGAGACGCAGGUGAAGAUAUGGUUUCAAAAUCGUCGUAACAAGUGGAAGCGGCAAGUAGCCGCUGAGCUAGAAGCCGCCAAUAUGGCGCACGCGACCCAAAGACUCGUUAGAAUUCCUGUGCUGUAUCACGACGCGACGGUCGGGAAUUCGGUGGUAUCGGGACCCUCGGGCAACGGCAUUGGCGGCUCGGUCGCCUCGAGCGUGGCCCCGUCCUCCGUCAGUGGUGGAAUGCCGCACAGCGUUGGUGUCGGUACUUCCGGUUGCGGCGUCCCGACCGGUGGACCGGCGAUAUUUUACUCGCACCAUCAGCACCAGCAUCAUCACCAUCCAUCCCACGUGCAAGCCCACAGUAUGUUGACCCACCAGGUGCAUCCGCAACCCCCGCCCCCUCCGCCUCCACCGCCGAAUCCUCAGCCACCCCCGCAAUCGUCCCAAUAACCCCGUAGACUGUCUUGUGAGCGUCCAAAUGGAACUUGGCACGAGAUUCGAUACCAAAACUUCGAGCUACGCCCGAGCGAAUCCGAGCUCGAUUUAUCCAACGCGGUGAACAGUGUCGAAAGUGUAAAUGAGCAUCGCCAACGAUUCUAUCCCCGACCCGAUCGGUCGGAGAGCCUCAGACAUGGAUUUCAUACUCCGGAUGAACGAGACAAAAUUCUCAAUUCGAGAAUCAACGAGCACACGGAACUUGAACAAAACAAGUCUGAUCGCGGCGUCCAAACGCUCGGGAAGAAUGGCGAUCUUCAAUGUGCCCACCCAGACUCCUUUCCAGCCUCGUUCACCACAUCCGAGGGAACGAUUCAUCCUACAAACACGAUGAUUAAUUGUAAGAGACCGAUUGUCCUCGUCGUUAAUAUCGACGAAUAAAUGGAUGAUUGCCUACGUGUCAAUAUUAAGAGAAAUAAUAAGAAAAUAAGAAAUUGCGUCACUAUA